AUGAUUGAGAAUUACUUGCGCUUAUUGUCAAGACUGAUUCGAUGCGAUCAAAAGCGAGUGGGCGCCAAGCGAACGUCGAAAUCCGUGACUAUCGGAAAAGUUUUAUUCAUAAAGAGCACCAUUUACUUUUUUCUUUUUCAUUCAUUCAUUUAUUCAUUCUUUUUCAUUAAUUCUUCGUUACCACUCAUUCUUUCAUUUAUUCAUUCUUCAUUUUCUUUCAUUCAUUUAUUCAUUAAUUCUUUCUUUCUUUCUUUCUCCUUAUUUCCUUUCACUUUUCGGAAAAUUAGAUUUUUCUUUCUUUCUUUCUUUCUUUCUUUCUUUCUUUCUUUCUUUCUUUCAUUCAUUCAUUCAUUCUUUCAUUCUUUCUUUCAUUCAUUCAUUCAUUCAUUCUUUCUUUCUUUCUCCUUAUUUCCUUUCACUUUUCGGAAAAUUAGAUUUUUCUUUCUUUCUUUCUUUCUUUCUUUCUUUCUUUCAUUCAUUCAUUCAUUCUUUCUUUCUUUCAUUUUUCUUUUUUCUUUCUUUCUUUCUUUCUUUCAUUCAUUCUUUUUCUUUCUUUCUUUCUUUCUUUCAUUUUCAUUCAUUCAUUCAUUCAUUCUCUUUUUCUUUCUUUCUUUCUCCUUAUUUCCUUUCACUUUUCGGAAAAUUAGAUUUUUCUUUCUUUCUUUCUUUCUUUCUUUCUUCAUUCAUUCAUUCAUUCUUUCUUUCUUUCUUUCUUUCUUUCUUUCUUUCUUUCAUUCAUUCAUUCAUUCAUUCAUCCAUUCUUUCUUUCUCUUUUUCCUUAUUUCCUUUUCUUUUCUUUUCUUUCUUUCUUUCAAAUUAGAUUUUUCUUUUUUCUUUCUUUCUCUUUUUCUUUCAAAAUUCAUUCAUUCAUUCAUUCAUUCAUUUCUUUCUUUCUUUCUUUCAUUUUCAUUUUCUCCAUUCUUUUUUCUUUCUCCUUAUUUUUUCACUUUUCGGAAAAUUAGAUUUUUCCUUUUUUCUUUCUUUUUCUUUCUUUCUUUCUUUUUCUUUCUUUCUUUUUCCCUACUUUUCAUUUUUUCUCCAAUACCUCUUACAUUUUUUGUUAAAUAA